UCCCUUGCGCGUCAUGCGCUCUUAAGGCUCGUCUUUCAAGCUCUCAUUUUACUCUAUGACAGUUCUCGGUUUAAUGAUCUUUUAUGACUAUCCUAUCUUUUUCUAAAUUUAAUGCAAGAUGGACAUUAUUACCUGCAUAUUUAUGUCACUAUGUCUACUUCUGGUCGCUGAUGGCUUAGCUGUUCGUGGUCCCUCUGCUCCUCUGUCUGCUCCUCUGGGAUAUUCAGUGGUUUUGCCCUGUUAUGUUGAUGAAGCUUUACCAGUGGAAGAUCUGGAGGUGGAAUGGAGAAGAGCAGACUCAGAGACUCUGAUUCAUCUGUAUCAAGAUGGUGAGAGUCGACCAGAGGCCCAGCAGCAGGAUUAUCAUGAUAGAGCUCAUUUCUUUACUGAGGAGAUUCAACAUGGAAACUUCUCCCUCCGUCUGGACAAUCUGAGGGCUCAAGAUAGGGGACAAUACAGGUGUAAGGUUUACAGUCAACAGGAUUCGGGAGAAACUGUGGUUCAGAUAAAAGUUGUUAAGCGUUUGUUAGGAUCAAAUCGUCCCACUUCUGCAUAUGUUGGUGAAGACGUGACUCUGAACUGCUCAGUAGACUCUCACAUCACACAUGAACACGUUGAAGAGGUUUUAUGGUUGAAAACAGAUGAAGAUAAAAAAAAAAUUCUGGUCCUGCCUUUCCAAAACAACAAGAUUUUUCCAGAUUCAUCAGAUGAACAAUUCAGAGGCAGAGUUGAGUUCUUCACGGCUGAAAUCCCCAAAGGUUUCUUUUCUUUGCACAUAGCUGUGCUGGUCCUCUGUGUUGCUGCUGGAUCUGGAGCUGUUCUUCUGCUCUGCUGUCUGAUCUACUGCAGAUUAAACACGGUCUCCAGCAGCAGAAUCUGUAAUCUUCAGCUUUCUCUGGUCUUUUUCCCAAACGUCUGUAUGUUCUUAGCCUUCAUCCUUUGGGGCUUUACUGAAGGAUCUUUACAUGAGACCAUCACCUGCUCUGCUCUUUAUAUUCUGAGGCCUUUAAUGCUGAUCUGGGCGUUGUCCUAUUUGAAGUAUCUUCAAGAGAGCCUUAAACCAUGGAUCAGCUAUUUCACACCAACAAGAGAAUUUGCUGUUUUCACACUAGUUGUUUAUUCAGUUCUUUUCUCAUAUGGCUGGAGAAAGAGAGCACAUGAUGCAGACAUCACACAUCUUCUGAUUUUUGGAGGGUACACUGCAAUUUUGGUGCUGAUAUGCCUCAUAUUUACUACACAGGACAUUUUAAGGAUUUUCUGUCGAAAGCAACAAGGAGAGAGAAUCCAGACUACAGGACAUGUAUGUUUUCCUCUUGGCAUUUUGGAUUUCAUCUUGUAUGUCACCUGUAUGUCAUUUUCUCUUUGUCCGCCAGCCAAAUGUCACUGCAGAGCAUGGUUUGCAGUAUUGUGGAUAAUAACAAUAUUAGUUCUGAAUAUUGUCCUAGUGAUGUAUACUCAUCUGGGUCUAUUGGAAGGAGAUAAAGAGCGCUUGGGGUGGAUCUGUGUCAUUUCAUUCAAUGAAAUUCUGAAGAUGAUCGCGAUCCUUUUGCAAGCAAAAGAACUUCUAGAGAGACGAAGACAACAACGACAGACAAGCGAGCAAAAAUCAGUGUCUCUCUGUAAUGAGCUCAUGUACAUGUUUGGAGCAGUUGGUCUUGUUUUAUUAAGCUCUGUUUCACUGACAGUAGAGCUUAUCCUGAAAGCACUAAAUGGAGAGCGUGUCAUUGGGGAUCUGAGAGUCAUCGUCUUCCCUUCUGAAUCUGCUUUUGUCUUGUAUUGGCUGCUGUUACAAAUGCACGCUUACUGGAAGGUUCUUACAUCAGGAUCAACUGAUAGUCUAAGUGACUCCUCUCAAAGACAUCAACAUGAGAGCACGACAGAGAUGUGAAAUGGAGACCAUCCACACCACAGAGACUGAAAUGAGACUUUAAUUCUAACAAUUUUGAGGCUACAUCAUCAUUGGUCAGGAAUCAUGUUUUGUUCAUGUGACUGUCUUUUAUUAUGACAUUGUUCUAAAUAAUUUAUUCAUCAUAUUUUCCAUUCUAGCAAAUGGCAGAAA